GUUCAACAAUGUCACAUUAUUGAAAUGUCUUAAUGUCACAAAACUCAACUGUCUAUUACGAUUUUCAAGUUCCGUCGCGUUCAACAACAAUCGUGCUCGCUCGCAUCUGCCACUCGAUGUCGUGCCGCGCAUCACGGGCUAGCUAUGACACGGCUUGGUACUAACGAUGUUCAAGUCCACGUACUGCCGGCCCAAUGUGUGCGCAUGGUCUAGCCAUGGUGGGUACCCGACGGGGUAUCUGUCUUCGACAGCCUUGCUCAUGUGCAUCCACAUCUGGCGCUGGUAUGUCCGAAAUGGCUCGUGCAUCGUUUCGGGAUGGCGCCACCGUUGGUACCCAAAGUAGUAGCGCUGGUUUAUGCACGUUUUCCAAAGGGGCUCGGCGUUGACAACGUGCUCGGCCACAAACUUGCCAGUCGCAAUGUGGAGCUCGUGAUCCGCUUCGUCGUCCGCUUGGGCAGGUGUUUGCGGCCACGCUUGCAAGCCGACACUGGCAUUAGCAAUGCCAUACGCGUCAGUCUUGAUGAUUGAUCGAAGGAUCGCGCGGAUAUCGUUGAGUUGCAGUGGUUCCUCAAGGCUGGAGUCGUUUGAAGUUGCGGGAUUGUGGGGUUUGGAUGGAGCCAAGACGGGGCUACCGCCGUGAGAGGAGGUUGUGGGCGCUUCGUCGAUCACCAGACCGUUCCAUCCAGCUUCACUGAGCCGUAGGAAGUAGUGGACUACCCGCGGUCCCACCGUCACAUGAUGCACGGGGAAUCCAUCGCGCUCCGCAAUAUUUUCCUCGACGUGUUCUGGAGUGGAAGGACUGGUCAAGGUGUUGACAAGGAACGCUGACGCCGCGACAGCCCCCGCUUCGCGCGCCUCCCACCAUCCGUCCUCCUGACCGGCGUCCCCUGCUGUGAUGCACACAAACACGAUCUUGGCAGUUGGGUCCAUGAGCGCCGCCAGAGCAUCGUCCAUCAUGAAGAGAAGCGCAUCAUCUGGGUGUGCCUGGAUGAAGAAGUGCACGCUUGAAGCACGAAACUCGGCCGUGGUUGUGUCGUUGGAUGAAGUUGCGAGAUCUGCUGUCGGAGCUGCCGGAGCGGCUAACCAUCCAGCAAUGGCGUCGACAUGCGCAGGGGCUUCGUUUGGACUGUACAUUGUGCAUUGGCCGCGGCCCCACGUGGUGGCAGCGCAGGAAGGGUCGACGGCGCACGCGACAUUGCAAGCGUCGACUGACUCAGCGGUCCCUGUGGCGCGCUGAAAUGGUGCUAGAAAUGAUGGCGGCACGAGCGGUGUCACUGUGGUGGCCUCUGUCGCAUUGCUGGAUGGAUGUCUCAAGUGAAGCGUGUUUGUCGUCGUCGACGAGCUCAUGUUGGAGAAUGGAGGGAAUUGUAGCGGAAUGCACAACCUGGACGUUGGCAGGUACGUGAAGAAGACGACUUCAAAGACCGACGUGAUCUGCGCGCAUUCGCCGAUCGUUUCCACAUGAUGGAACGGUGUGAUGUUGUCAUCAUUCGAGUCCAGCAAGGGCGGUCGGAAGAGCGCGUUGCCGUCCGUGAGGUUUACGGUGAAGAGUUCCGUAGGGUACGCGGAAGCCCACAUGGCAUGGUUCAUGGUACAGAACGUUAGGUGGGGGAGUGGAGACUGUCCAACUUGAUGUUCCUCGAUUCUGGACGACGACGACGCUGGAUCACUCGGCGGCGUCAAACGACCAGCCAUCGCGCCGUGUUGAGCUGGUGCAGUGACUGUUGUGCUUUCUUUGAGGUAGCAGGUGCCUCCAACCUUUGGCGUCCAGACGAAUCGGUCACACUUUGGGAAAGCACGGCAGUCCUCGGCGCAUCCGUGAAUCGAUGACUGGGAGGUUGUGUGGAGAUCACCGCCGACGUAUAGCUGGUUAUGUUCAAGAGGUUCCCACCCGGUGGCAGCUGCAUGACCCACCAAGGCUGCAGCCACGACUGCGCGACGACGCUUGAG